UCCCACGACUUUUGCCAGUUCUCGCCCUUUGUUUUGAUUUCUGCCAUCGUCUUCAUCAUGUCAUCCUCUCGUGCUCAGGCCAAGAGCAGCAGCAGCUCUUCGAGGACCUUUAAGCCAAAGGCAUCCGAGGUCGCCCACGAAACGAAAAAGAGCAUCAUUCCGAGAAUUCAGACCCAUUACGCUGAUAAAUGGGGAACUUGGUCUUAUUACUUUCAGGAUCCGCUGGCACAGGUCUCCGUUGAGCCGGAUCCUCAUGCCAACCCAACAAACUUUAGCGUCUACGUUGAUGAUCCAGUCAACUAUGCCCUUCACUGGCUGUCGCACUCAGAACCAGGCGCACCAGUUGCUUUCAUCUGCGCUGCCAACGAGAAACGCCCAGGUGGUGAUUGGGUUACCGGGGUCGUGGGAUACGAGGAGAGGCUUUGUCGAAGAAGCACACUCUCUGCCACACUUUCUACUGCAGGCCCAGGAUCUCAUACGAAGGACUCAUAUCCCAUAUCCUCUGUGGGCGGGAUAUUUUCGCCUCAAGUCGUCAUAUUCCGCUCCGAGACAGAUCGGUCCGAGCCGCUCAUGGAGGAGCAAUGGCAGGAUAUACCAGUGUGCUCGGUACCACCGGUGCGAUGGCCCAAGGUCAACAUGACAUCUGGGGUUUUGCAAUACUCAUUUGCCGAUGAACGUGAUCUCAUGCGAGAAAAGAUAACGGGGGCUCUCGCAAUCUGCUACUCCAGAGGCAUAACCAACAUUGUGGGUGCUCUUGAGCCGGCAGAACAGUUUGUAUCGAGGAUCGUUGUUGGUGACUUCGGCUUGGGCAAUGGUCACCGCAAUCCACCAUCAGAGGUCGCUCAGCUUUGGUGGGAGGUUACUUCUAGUGGCCCGCUCCAUGGACGUAUCCACAACAUUGCAUUCAUAUUUGAGGACGCACGCCAAAGCACGAGGUCGCUUAUUCUCGAAGAUCUCGCCAAGAAACAUCGCAAAAAUGGCGGCAUAAUUCCUUUGGCGCUCGCGAACGCUUUAAGGGAACCUCCAGUUUCGGACUACGACGAGUUUCUCAACAUGUUCGGCCACUAA